CCUUUAGUAACUUACAUCCAAUUUACAUCGUCAUCGAUCAUCGUUCGUCCACUACGAGUCGCGUGUUGCACGACAAAGUGUAUGAACCUUGAAAAUUCCUUAUAUUAUCUUGAUUCUUGAAGGCCGCACUGUACCAUGUCUAUUCUCGAGCAUCUUGACCAGUUGACGUCUGCUCCUCGCGAAAAUGCUGUCCAGAACUUCGAUACCAAGCAAUUGGACAACUGGAUAACGCCCAACUCAUUUGCGAGUCUAGAUGUCAACGAUGAUUUAGAGAAUGACGUCCGAACAUCCAUUACGGAUGUCUUCACUGCUGAUCAGGAUCCAUCGUUGGUACCCCCACCUCAGCACCUAAUAGGUAGAUUGUCAAGCAAACCAAAGGAAGUCCUAGAAGCUAUUUCUGAUAUUUUAUCGACUACACGCACCAAUGAAGCCAUAUCAAGCGAGCUUGCAGAUCUGGUUGGCUUUGACGACAUCGAAUUGGUUGCAGGAUUGCUCACCUUCAGGUCUUACUUUAUGAAUGCAUUGUCUGUACGGGGCCACCCGACAGUUGAGCACUCGACCACAGAUAAAGCGAAAACAUCAGGGACAGGCACUACAAUUGCCAGCCUCGCUCCGCAGGAUGUUCGCCGUCGCAUGGAAGAGACUCUCAGGGCAAACGCGUCACGUCCUCUGUUCACUGGGAUGGCACAAGAGGCCCCAGAAGUGCUUCCACAUGUUUACUCUUCAUCCUCUGUAGUGCAAGGCGGUUUACUUUCACAAUUUGGUAGCAAGUACGUACUUCCACUCGGAACUACUAGACAUAACUACGAGGAGUAUGAGGAGGUCAUCAUUCCUCCUGCCAAAGUCGUUCCACCCAAGGAAUCUGAACGGCUCAUUCUUGUCUCUGAACUCGAUGAAUUAGCUAAAGGCUCAUUUCCUGGGUAUUCUUCUUUAAAUCGCAUACAGUCUAUCGUCUUUCCAACUGCAUAUGGAUCAAACGAGAAUAUUUUGGUUUGCGCUCCUACUGGUGCUGGUAAAACCGAUGUAGCCAUGUUAACAAUUCUUCGAGUUCUCAACCAGCACCGAUCACCUAUCAGUCCCUCGUCACCUCUACAUUCUUCAAUAAAUCGCAGCACCUUUCAGAUCAUCUACGUCGCACCUAUGAAAGCCUUGGCUUCUGAAAUCGUUCGAAAGCUGGGCAAAAGACUAAAGUGGCUUUCGAUACAGGUCAAGGAAUUGACAGGGAUGAGACUUCUCUCCAAUCCAUGUGACAUGCAAUUGACAAAAUCUGAGAUUGCCGAAACUCAAAUCAUUGUCACUACACCUGAAAAAUGGGACGUUGUAACUCGAAAGCCCACUGGCGAGGGAGAGUUAGCUUCAAAGUUGAAGCUUUUAAUCAUUGACGAGGUGCAUCUUUUGAAUGAAGAACGUGGAGCUGUCAUCGAAACUAUUGUUGCGCGCACAUUACGACAGGUCGAAUCAAGCCAAUCUGUGAUUCGAAUAGUGGGUCUCAGUGCAACGUUGCCCAACUAUCUGGAUGUUGCGGAGUUUUUGAGCGUAUCCCGAUACAAUGGACUCUUUUUCUUUGACUCUUCUUUCCGACCGGUUCCUUUGGAGCAGCACUUCAUUGGAGUUCGAGGAAAGCCGGGAAGCGCACAAUCUAAAAAGAACCUUGACCGCGUCACGUACGAGAAAGUUUCAGAGCUGGUACGACAGGGACACCAAGUAAUGGUGUUUGUUCAUGCGCGGAAAGAAACAGUGAAAGCAGCGCAAGCUUUGAAGGAUGCAGCGACAAUAGAUGGCACAUUGGAAGAUUACAACUGCGAGGCGCAUCCUCAAUGGUCGUUUUUCCGAAGGGAUAUCGGACAGUCUAGGAAUAAGGAGAUGAAGCAAUUGUUUGAUCUUGGGUUUGGUAUUCAUCAUGCAGGUAUGCUGCGGUCCGAUCGAAACAUGAUGGAAAGGAUGUUCGAAGCUCGAGCCAUCAAGGUUCUCUGCUGUACAGCGACCCUCGCAUGGGGAGUCAACUUGCCUGCUCAUGCAGUUGUCAUCAAAGGUACCCAGUUGUACGAUAGCGCAAAGGGAUCCUUCGUCGAUCUCUCAGUUUUGGACGUGUUGCAAGUGUUUGGCCGAGCCGGUCGGCCUGGUCUCGAGACUCGUGGUGAAGGAUACAUCUGCACCACUGACGACAAGCUCGCACACUACCUUGAUGCUGUAACGUCACAGAAUCCGAUUGAAUCUCGGUUCAUCUCGGGCAUUGAAAAUGCACUGAAUGCCGAGAUCUCUCUUGGUACGGUAACAAACGCCGACGAAGGUGUUCGAUGGCUAGGAUAUACAUAUCUGUAUGUUCGCAUGCGGAAGAAUCCUUUCCUAUACGGUAUGUCUUGGGACAAUGUGAUAGAAGAUCCACAACUUGGCCAGAAACGAAGUACUCUUGUUCUGACAGCGGCUCGCAAACUGGCCGACGCGGGGAUGAUCAACCUUACUGAAAAGACUGGUGCAUUUUCGAUAACGGACCUCGGCAGGAUAGCAGCCAGGUACUACAUUCGAUAUGCAUCCAUCGAGGUCUUCAACAAGGAGUUCAAACCCAAGAUGACCGAAGCUGAUGUGCUUUCCACGCUCAGUAUGAGUACAGAGUUCGAACAAAUCCAAGUGAGAGAUUCAGAGGUGAAGGAAUUGGAGCUUCUAAUGGAGAACAUUCCAUGCGCUGUGCGAAGUAUCGCUAAGAGUUUCGGCACUGAGGGAGGGACAGAUACAAGCCAAGGCAAAGUCGGCAUCCUUCUUCAAAGCUACAUUUCUCGCCUUCCGGUCGAAGAUUUCGCCUUGGUUUCCGAUGCAGCAUACGUGGCGCAGAAUGGAGGACGCAUUGCACGAGCUCUGUUGGAUAUAGCGAUCAGCCGCAAAUGGGCCCGUGUGACCACGGUACUCAUGGGUAUCACCAAAGCCAUCGAGAAACGUCUUUGGCCAUUCGACGAACCUCUUAGGCAAUUCGAUCUCAAGGCUGAGAUCAUAUAUGGCUUGCAAAAUUCAAGAGAAGAGUAUUCACCCGCGGAGCUAGCUUCCAUGACUGCAGCAGAACUGGGUCAACUAGUUCGCUUAAACGAGCGGCAUGGUCAAGCACUCCGGAAUGCAGCUCGGCAGUUUCCUACAGGUCAAACGUCCUCAAGAUUGCAGUUUCAGGUGACUCGGGACUUCGAUUGGAGUUCCAAAGUACACGACACGGGGGAGCCUUUCUGGCUGUGGGUUGAAGAUCAUGAAGGUAUCGAAAUUCUGCAGUAUGCGCACCUCGUAUGUCGGGAGUCGACAAAAACCCUCGAUGUGAAUUUCGUGGUUUCGAUAUCGGGCAACAUUCCUCCCCCAUAUUUUACCGUCAGAUUUGUGUCCGACAGAUGGAUGGGGGCCGAAGACGAACUCUAUGUGUCUUUGGACGGAUUGGUGAUGCCUGCUCCCUCUCCUAGUCAUACGCCUCGUUUGGAUCUCCCAUUUCUUCCCCGUUCCUCGCUGGGCCUUCCUGUACUGGAAGAUCUCUACUCGGCACGGCUCGAUGAUUUCAAUGCUAUUCAAACUCAAGUGUUUUGGAGUCUUAUCAACACUUCGAUGAACGUGUUGGUAUCCGCUCCCGUUAGUAGCGGCAAGACAGUCAUGGGACAUCUAGCAACAUGGUCAGUAAAGACAUUUACGAAGUGUGACUCGACUUUACUAAAGCUAGAGUGUUUAUUAAAGGACAACGCUACUCCGUCGUUCAAGGACUUCCGUGCCGUUUCCAAUGGACUUGGCGUGGCUGUUGAAUUUGUUUCUGGAGAAGGUGUAUUUGCUUCCUGCCGGAGUAACACAAUACGCAUUGUCACGCCGUCGGCGCUGCUCGAGGCCGUUGGCCAGCAUAAUCUCCGCCAGACAAACUAUCCCUCGCUUGUAGUGUGCGAUAAUUUGGAGCAUCUUGAUGCAACCUAUGAACUCAGCAUAUCGCUACUACGACACACGACACAAAACAGUCCUACCCGAUACGUCGGCUUGUCAAGCUCUCUCAAUGAUCCCACGGAUAUCGCUUCAUGGCUGGGUGUAGACACCAUGGGGCUCCACGGUUUUCAACCGACAGACAGAGAUCAGUCGCUCACCAUCACGUACCAAACCUUCACAAUACCGCAUUCAGCUGCACUGUUCAAGUCCAUGUCGAAACCAGCGUACAUGGCUAUUCAAAGCGUACCGUCCAACGAAUCUGCUAUCGUCUUCGUCCCUUCGCGAAGUCAUUGCCGGACGGUAGCGCAAGAGCUAAUCACUCAGUGUGCCCUGAACAUGGAGACCGAGAGGGGCUUUCUUCCCCAAUUCGUGUCUCCUCUUUAUGUGGAGGACUAUUCAGCACGGUUGCAAGACCACACAUUGGUUGAUUUUGUAACACGCGGUGUGGGGAUCUUCCACAACGGACUGUCAAAAGCAGAUCGGAAUCUUGUUCUGGGGUUAUUCGCUGAAGGUGUUGUUCGUGUGCUCCUGGUGCCUCGGGAUGCUUGUUGGAUGCUGCCUGUCCGGGCGGCAGUCGUAGUGGUCGUGGGCACCCAAUAUAUCCAUCUCGACAGAGAUGACUCCGGGCCGCAGCUGCGAGAUUACAGUCUUGUUGACGUAUUCCAGAUGCAGAGUCGGGCUGUGAGGCAUGAUGCUCCUGGCCACUUCUUCCUCUUUUGCCAAGCGGAGGCUAGAGACACAUUCUCCAAAUUCCUGGCCGAUGGGCUUCCACUUGAAUCGGAGCUGUUGGAAUCGCCCGUGUUUAAAAAUUGGUACAGAGACAGGAGAAGAGAGGGGUCCAUCAGAAACAAGCAGGAUGCUGUUCAAGCGCUCUCCUUCACCCUCCUUGCACGAAGGCUGGUGAGCAACCCGGUGUAUUAUGACAUUGAAGCAGGCUCGCAGAAUGAGGUCCUCUCGCGCAUUGUUGACAGACUCGAAGAAAGCCUUCCAUAA